AUGUCGCUUCAAGUCACACAGUCAAUCAAAGACAUAAUACCGACGUGUCCCGACCCCAUACCACCGCAGCUCAUAUCUCAUAUUGACUCUUUGUACAAGAUAAGUCUUCAGAAGAUUCCCAAUCUACCCAAUAAAUCGGAAAUUGCAAGGUAUCAUAUAUGUACGUACUUUGCGAUUGAAAAGCUACAAGACAAAUUGGAUUUGCCAGGUCCAUUGAAAGAUAAGAUUCCUGUAUCCCCAAGGCAUUUGAACAGAGUUCUUGAUGAUUUUAGGGAGAAUGUGCUAGGCAUGGCCAGAGAGAACUUAACGCCAGUUGGGACGCCCAAGAAGAAUCGCCAACAACAACAACUGCUGGCUGGACCUGGAACCCCGUCGAGGAAUACACCCAAGAUAUCAUCACCAUUAAAAAAGCUACAACAGCUCAAAGAAGAUUUGCAAACCCCACAAAAAAAGAUGAAGAUCGAAUUCAAGGACAUUGAAUCUCCAUUCAACCCUACACCUCAAGCAAAUAAGAGGGCCGAGAGUCCUUCAGUUAAUAGUAGUCCAUUUAAAAGUAAAAGAUUGGUAACGAUACCAGAGCUUAUAGCAUUUGCUAACCAUUUCUUUAUCCCUGCCUCUGUCACCCCAAAUAUUAUCGUUUCUUAUAGUAACCUUCGAAGCAAGUUUGCAAAGAAGAAUGAAUGGUUACUUGCAUGUGGUAUGAUCCAUACAGUGUAUAUGAGGAUCAACCAUCAAAUCAUGAAUAAGAAAAUAGGAUCCAAAGCACAAUUUGAGGAUCAAAUCUUCCAGUACCAGAAGGGAGGACUUAUGAAGUGGAAUGUACUUGUUUGGUGUACUAUUGUUGCAGAUAUGUUGAAGAACGAAAUAUGGUUGAUUGAAUUGGAAAGGAAUUACUCUUCCAACAGGUUGCAUUAUGUUAAUUUGAUGCAACAGGAAAAGGAAGAGAGGUGUAAGUUUGGGAUCGAGGUUCACUUGAGGCGAUUUGGGGCAAUGAUCGAUCCGUCAGUUAAGUUCACCUCGGCAUUACAGCAGGAAUACUAUGACGUGUGGACGGAUAAAGUGAAGGAGAGGAUUUCGAAAGAAGAAGAAAAACGGGCUAACAAACGAACCAUUGAAGAAGCCACCAGAUAA